CCUUACACCCUCCCAUCCUCAGUUCAUUCAUAAAGAUCCGCAGUCCCUCUACCGGCCAGCGCCAGGUCUUCUCACGGAUCCGACUACAUGCCAGCAGCUGCAAAGGGGGGGACAACCCCUUGCGAUAACUGGUUUGGGGUGGGGGGGAAGUCUUUGCUCACCCCACCCACCUCGAUUCAUCUUGAAAGGAGAUGCAGGGCAAAGCGAUACGAUGGCUGGGGUUCUUCGCCGCCCUGAUAGCUACGGGGGCCAACUGGGAAGCAGACCCCCUCUGCCCAGCCAAGUACAAAGUCAACUGUCUGCUCCGUCAACGUCUAGGCUGCGGGCCGGAAGGAGCCCCUACCUGUGGCCCUUGCUUCCCCAAUUACGAGGAGAACUCUAGUGGAGACUGCGUGCAGAAGAAGGUCCCUAAGCAUGAAAGCAAAACAAAAGGCCAGAAGAAGCCCAAAGACCUGCUCGCUCUCAUCCUUUCCCUCCUGGCCAAGCAUGAGAAAGGGCUGAAGCCAUCAGACAUGGAGACCACUUGGCCUGGCAGCAUGGAGGGGUUUGAACCACCCAGCUCCCCCACUUCCUUCCCCACCUCUUUCCCCCCAAAUGCCUCCUACUCCGUGAGCGGCAGUCCAGAUUCUUCCGAGUCAUAUGAAGACACCCCAGUCUCAGCCACCACGCCCCCGACAAGAGUGAAAGUAGAUUUCAAGCAAAGGUCCCGACCUCCGGCUACAAGUCUGAACAAAGCGGUGUCACUUACUCUCGUGGUGAUGUGCACAGUGACAGGGGUUUCCGGACUGGUAGUUGCUGCUAUGUGCUGGUACAGGCUACAGAAGGAAGUACACUUGACUCAGAAGAUGACCUAUGCGGGCAGCCGGGGGAACCAAUACCGAUAUCAUCAGCCCAGCGCAUACAUGGACUCCCGACUAGCUCAGUCGUGCCAAGUUCACCACUAUCAACACCAGAAGAAGCUUCUCACCACAACCAGUGAGGACAGAGAACCCCCCAAACCAGUAGAACAGCUCUCCACAGAGUCAGAGACUGAGAACGGAGAUUACACCGUGUACGAGUGUCCGGGACUGGCGCCGAGUGGAGAGAUGGAGAUCCACAACCCACUCUUCGAUACCUCCACACUAAACCGAUGCCCUCCCUAAGUGCAUAUCCUCUCUCUCUCUCUCUCUCUCUCUCUCUCUCUCUCUCUCUCUC